UGAUGCAGUGAGCAAAGUACACCUUCCCAACCAUCUCUGCUCUCAUAUUUCCUCAAUUUCUCUUGGCUUCCACCGACAAGAGAGAGGUCAAGCAAGCACUAUUUCAUUCUUGUCUCUGGAAUUCUUCUCUUUUGAUUCAUCACUAGGAUUAAGGAACUUCUCCACAAGGUCAUAAUCAGCUAGCGUGUCCAUUCCCUAGCAUUUGAUUAAGUCUUGAGAGAUUCUUGAAGGACCUUUCUCUUGGAUCAGGCUCUUUCCACUGAUUCUCUAAUGGCUGACGUGUCUAGUAUGAUAACAACACUUUUGGGCAAUGUAGAAACAAAAUAUUUUCAAGACAUUGCUCUGAUAUUUGGUCUUAAGGAUGAAUUGAAGGAACUUCAAAUAUCAAUGGGAGUCCUCUCUUCCUUUCUCUUUGACACCGAGAACAAGCAUGCAGAUAAUAUGUGGUGGACGGACGUCAGAAAGGCAGUUGAUGAUGCUAGACUCAUUUUUGAGGAAAUAGAGUAUGAGGCAAAACGUAAUGCACUGGUCAAAGUGCAUGGAAGCAUCCACACAAAGAUAUUCCAAUUCUUCUCAUGCUUUAGGAAUCCAGAUGCAUUUCGCAUCAAGAUAGCCAACAGAAUCCAUGACAUGAUACAGAAGUUAAAUGAGCUACUAUCACAAGGAAGAGAGAGGGGAAUAAUUGAACAUGUCAACACUCCAACUCGGGAACUCACACCGGCAAAAAAUCUUUAUACAUGGGACCGAUUUAAGCCUGUUGGUAGACUUGAAGAGAAAGAGGAGAUUAUAAAGUUAUUAAUGAGACAACAAUCACAUGCUAAUAACAUUGAUAUGAUAUCGAUUGUUGGGAUCGGAGGUUUGGGAAAGACUACACUUGCUCAAAUGAUUUAUAAUGAUGAUAGAGUGAAGGAGCAAUUUAAUAUGUUAAUGUGGGUGUGUGUCUCUUAUGAUUUUGAUUUAAGGAACUUGAUACGAAAAAUUAUUAAUGCUGCCUCAAUUUAUAAUGAUAAGGGUUUUUCUUUGCAACAUAUGGUAUCUCUUCUCAAUGAAAUGUUACAUGGUAAGAGAUUCUUACUGGUGCUAGACGAUGUUUGGAAUCAAGACUACCAGAAAUGGGUUCAAUUGAUAAGUUCCUUAUUGGAGGCAGGUAGUGACGCAAAAUCAGAAGGCAGCAAAAUUAUAGUGACAACUCGUAGCAAGGAUGUUGCUUCUAUUGACAGGAAUGCUCAUAUAAUCGAGUUACAACCACUUUCUGAGGAUGAAUGUUGGAAAGUGUUUGCAAAAUUUGCAUUCGAAGAAGAGAAUGAAGAAGACAAGUAUCCAUGGCUCAAGCAAAUUGGGAAAGAAAUUGUUGAAAAAUGCGAAGGAUUGCCCCUCGCUGCAGAAGUUUUCGGUUCCUUCCUAUGCGGUAACCAUCAUGAAAUGGAUUGGCAAGAUAUAAAAGAUGCAGAGAUCUGGGAACUAGAAGACCGUGGAUUGUUGUCAUCAUUGAAAAGGAGCUAUAAUCACUUGUCACCAAUAUUAAAGCAAUGUUUUUCAUACUGCUCUUGUUUUCCAAAGGGUUAUGAAUACACUGUUACUGAUUUGAUUAUGUUUUGGAUGGCACAUGGACUUCUCCAAUCCACACAUGAAAGGCGACAUGUAGAAGAUAUUGGAAGAUGGUAUAUUAUGGAUCUUAUUUCAUCAUCUUUGCUUCAAAUUCAAGGUCUUUCUUUUUACGACUUCCUUCAUUUAGAAAAUCCAAUGCCGUAUGAGAAAGUCAAAAUGCAUGGUCUUUUAUAUGGUCUUGCAAAAUCAACAAUGAAAGAGUUAGAUGAGACUAGAACCAUUGUAUCACCAUGGCUAAAAGAAGAAUGGAAAUGGGCAUCCAAGAAAUUCAACUCUGUAAAGGCAUUGCACUUACAACAUAUGGAAUUGAAGAUUUUGCCUGAUGAUUGCUUUGCCAAUAUGAAGCUUUUAAGAUACCUAAAUCUUGGAGAUUGUAUUUUGGAGAAACUCCCCAUUUCUAUUUGCACGUUGCAAAAUCUACAGUUUUUGAAUCUUCAUCGUUGUUACAAUUUACAGGAGCUUCCCAAAAAUAUGGAAAAUCUCGUCAGCCUUCAAGUUUUGUUUUUGACAGUCAAUGCUAUAAAUUUGUCCUCUCUGAAUAUAGGGCGCUUCCAACAACUUAAGACAUUAUUUCUUUUGGAUUGUGUGAAUCUAUUGUCCCUACCGGCUGCUAUCGGUUGCUUGAGUACUUUAAGGAAGCUUUUGAUUUAUGGGUGUGAUGAGCUGAUGAAUUUUGAGGAUGAAGAUGAAGAAGAAAAGCAACAUGUAGAAGAUCAUUAUUUAAACCUUGAAGUACUUGAGAUUGUUGGAUCACACAAGUUGGAAGCAUUACCUAAUUGGCUUAAAAGAGCUGGCAAAUUAGAAAGUUUGAGGAUAGCGGGUACAAGGAUAAAAUCAUUUCCAGAAUGGUUUCCAAUCUCCUCUUCUCUUGAGAGACUAGAUAUAUAUUCUUGUCCAAAAUUGUCAUCUCUCCCCAUAGCCAUGGAUCGACUUCAUCUACGACAUUUAGAAAUUGUUGAUUGUCCCAAAUUGUGGGCAAGGUACAACAAGCAUACAGGUCCAGAUGUGCACAAAAUUUAUCGUGGCCCACAUUGCAAGGUUGAUUAUUAUUAUUGAACAAAGAUUUAAGGCCAGGGAAGCCGGUUAAGAGGACAUGAAGGUUGAGAAAGACAAUGAAGGUGUACCUAUGUCAUUUUAAGAAUUUGGUUAUUUGGUUCUACUUUGUUUUAUUUUGUGUUGUCCCCGUUCUGAUUGCUUUGUAGCUUUUGUUUGGCAGAUGAUGUUUUUAGCUAUUACUUUAGUCUGUGUCCAUGCUUCUGUUGCUUUUGUCUGUCAAAACUCAAAACUAAAAUAAAGCUAUGUUUUAGCUAUUAGAGUUUCUUGAGUUUUGGGGUGUGAACUAGGUUUGGGUCUGUUUGGGUUUGUCUUUGGAUUAGUGUUUGUAUUUGCCUAUGAUCAUAGUAAAAUUUCACUAUUAUUACGGUGAAGACUAGAUAUAAGUUUCAUUGU